AUGGUUAAGGGGAUUGCUGUCCUUUUUGAAUAUGAAACGCCAAAACUUGUACAGAUUUCCAACAUUAAAAUUGGAGUUACUCAACGCCUACUUCAAUUGGUUAUUCUUAUAUAUGUCGUUUGCUGGGUUAUGAUUUAUGAGAAGGGAUAUCAAGAGAAUGAUAUAGCUAAAAGUGCAGUCACGACUAAAGUAAAGGGUGUCGGCUUUACAAACUUUUCGCAUAUCCCGGGGAUCGGGAUACGGAGUUGGGACGUGGCGGAUUAUAUAGUACCACCUUUGGAAAAUAAUGCACUGUUUGUGAUCACCAACUUGGUUAAAACUGAACGGCAGUCACUUUCCAAGUGCCCAGAGAGUUCAUGGGUCCCUGACGCAGCUUGUUAUAAAGACUCAGACUGUAAACCCUACUUUAUUACCCAUCUUGGCAAUGGUGCUCAUACAGGCAAAUGUAUCAUUAAACCAGGGAAUGAUAUUGGAUCAUGUGAAAUAUAUUCUUGGUGUCCAUUAGAAAAUGAUACUUUACCGCUUGGUAAAAAGUCAUAUUUAUUCCCAAUGGUUUAUAAUUACACACUACUUAUCAAAAAUGAUAUAAAUUUUGAAAAAAUUCGACGAAACAUUCAAAAUUGGGCAUCCAAAAAAUUUCUUCGUACAUGUUUAUAUAAUAAAACUGAUCCAGAAAAUCGAUUUUGUCCAAUAUUUCAGUUUGGUACUAUAUUUGAAGAAGCUAAUGUGGACCAAUCAAUAUUUAUUAGUGGUGGUGUAAUCGGGAUUGAUAUCGAUUGGAAAUGUGAUCUUGAUUGGGAUGUUCAAUAUUGUAAUCCAACUUAUUCAUUUCGACGAUUAGAUGAUGCAAAUGCUAAAAUAGCUUCAGGAUUUAAUUUUCGUUAUGCCCAUUUUUACAGCGAAAAUGGAACUAACUAUCGAGAUUUGAUAAAAGCUUAUGGUAUAAGAUUUGUUAUUCAUGUUAGCGGUGAAGCUGGUAAAUUUCAUCUUCUCCCAUUGACAAUGAAUAUUGGUUCAGGUUUAGCUUUACUCGGUUUGGCGCCAACUGUCUGUGACAUAAUUGCAUUAAAUCUUUUAAGAUCAAGAGAUAUUUAUCAACGUGCAAAAUUUGAAACAAUUGCUGAAGAACAAGCUCAUUUAUCUAGUCGUCGUGCUGAUAAAGCACAACGUAAAAAAUAUGGUUUAUCUAAACGUAAUACAGAUACAGUAAAUGAAAAUUCAGAUGAAAAUGGUAAAAUUAUACAAUGGAAAGAUGAUCAAGAAUUUAUAGUAAAUGAUACACAAACUAUACAUUCAUCAACAUAA